AGACACGAAUCCUUGGCCGUCGGAGAUGUCUCCUCCGUCUUAACGUCCAUAGAAAGACUGGGAAAAGUUCUCCAAUAAGUAGGCUACAUGAGCGUCUGCAAGUGGGCGUGUUUCUCUAAUGAUUCAACAGUCUCCGCUCUUGUGUGAAGUCGAGGGCGCGAACGCACUUUUCUGGUGAGAAGGGAACGCAGAAGUCUAACUGACGCGCAGUCUAUCUUCAGCUCUUGCUGUCUAAAAUCGCUUCAUUGUGGAGAGGGCUUCGAAACAUCUUUGGGACACUAUCACCAUGGACGCAUUUCAAGUACUAUCGUUAUAUUUGUUACUCCUCUUCAUUUGGAAUAUACCAUGUUUUCAGUCAGCUGCCAUCAUAUCCCCCUCUAUGCCAAGGAGAAACAAGGGAGUGAAGAUACUUCAUGAUGGACAAAGGUCAACCACAUUUCUCAAAGAGAUCUUCGCAUCUUCCCCUAUGUUAAGCCGUCACCGAGAAGACUUUAAUAAGGACGCAAUUGUGCCCCACGAUUACAUGCUCUCCAUAUACAGAACGUACUCGGCUGCAGAGAGAAUCGGACUAAACGCAAGUUUUUUCCGCUCCUCAAAGUCUGCAAACACCAUAACAAGUUUUGUGGACAGAGGAACAGACGAUCUCUUGCACUCCCCUUUGCGAAGACAAAAGUAUCUGUUUGAUGUCUCAACCCUUUCAGACAAAGAGGAGUUGGUUGGAGCUGAAUUAAGGAUAUUUAGAAAAGUGCCCGGGGAUUUGCAAACGUCCCCGACAGGUCUCUAUGACAUUCAAUUACUCUCCUGUCGAUCAGAACGGCUACUGGAUUCCAGAUCCCUUGAUCCUCUGGAUUCCCGAAAACCAGGAUGGGAGGUUUUGGACGUGUGGGAAAUGUUUAAAAACCGGCAUCACUCUGCCCAGGGGAGCCAGCUUUGUCUCCAGCUCAAGGGCACUCUUGGUAAAUCAGAAAUGGAAAUCGAUUUAAAACAGAUGGGAUUUGACAGAACCGGUCGAAACCAGCAAGAGAAGGCCAUCUUGGUGGUUUACACCAGGUCCAAGAAAAGGGAGAACCUGUUCAACGAAAUGAAAGAGAAGAUCAAGUCGCGCGGAUCGGGGAGCAGGUCGGAGGAGGAGAGGGGCCUGCGGUUCAAAGCCAGGCGCCGACGGAGGACUGCAUUGAACAAUCGGCAUGGGAAAAGACAUGGCAAAAAGUCCAAAUCUAGAUGCAGUAAAAAGGCUCUGCACGUUAAUUUCAAAGAGCUAGGGUGGGAUGACUGGAUCAUUGCGCCAUUGGAUUACGAAGCGUAUCACUGCGAGGGCGUGUGCGACUUCCCUUUGAGGUCGCAUUUAGAGCCAACUAACCAUGCCAUCAUUCAAACUCUCAUGAAUUCAAUGGACCCCAAUAGCACACCUCCUAGCUGUUGUGUUCCCACUAAACUAAGUCCCAUCAGCAUUCUUUACAUAGACUCGGGUAAUAACGUUGUGUACAAACAGUACGAGGACAUGGUGGUAGAGCAGUGUGGCUGCAGGUAGCGUCCUUUUCUUCUGCGACACUUGAACGUAUUUAAACCCCUUAAAAACAAAGAUUAAGUCAGUCGGCCCAGGUCAGGAUAUGAAAGCUGUGGCAUAUCUUAAGCAUAUAGACCCAUGCGUUCUUGCCAUAUCAUGGUGCACCUAAACUUCACUCAAAAGGGAUCCACGAGAGACAUUAUUUGCAGUGUGGGCCUAUGCAAGCAUAUUUGUGUUGGUCACAUUUAAACUCAGUACAAUCUCACAUAGCCUUAUCUGUCCAAUUGUUGUGUUAAACUAAUACAUACUCCUAGUCUACAUUGCCGUCCAUAUGAUGUUUUUCAAUUGCAUAGUCUAUUGUUUCGCUAGGCCUCGACAUGGAUAGACAGUUCGUUAUAAACCAUUAGUCCGCAGGGGAGGAGUGGCUAUCGACAGGCUAGUGAUAGGCUAUCAUUUGUUCUUUUCUGAGCAGACUUGGAAUUGUUGGUCUCUUCCAUCAGUGAAUUACGUCCGAAAUGGGCACAGUGGAAUGCACCUGUUCAAACUAGGCCGCAGUCACGGGAUAGCCCUUGUGCAUUGUUGCAGCUCCCUGCAGCGGUCUUGCAAAGAGGACUCAUUUGUAGCGGGUGUUUCCAGGCUCACUGCCAGCAUCCAGCUGAAACUAUCGAGCUCUUCUGAUGCGUUAUCAAUCGGCCCUAGCACCCCCCCCCCCACCCUCUCUCUCUCCAAUUUCUCUCUCUCUCUCUCUCUCUCUCUCUCUCUCUCUCUCUCUCUCUCUCUCUCUCUCUCUCUCUCUCUCUCUCUCUCUCUCUCUGUGUCUCUCUGUGUCUCUCUGUCUCUCCCUUUCUCUCUCUCCAAAAGGUGAAUGUAAUCUACCAAACACACAAUGGGCUCUGAGGAAAAGAGAUAACGCAGGUAUGCCUACAAGAGAUGUGUCUGUGCGCCCUGUUUCAACCGAAUGGAGUGCGCGCUCGAGUCACCACAGCCGGCGGGAAACGAAUGCAAGACUUUAACAGACGAUUCUAAACAUGGGCUCUGUGGACAUAGGCAUUCAUAUUGUGCCUGUCAUUUUACAGCUGACUGUAUCUCGAUGACUUGCUGAAGGCAACACUGAAAGGCAGUUGUACCCGGUUGCGCACAGGAGCACGUGGGGACACCAGAGGCCACGAUAAAUAACCAAGACAAACAUUUGCAUCUCCAACGCAUCUUACAAAAGGCACUUCCACAACUGACUGCGGCAAUGUCAUGUAGUCAGGAGGACGCCUUUUUUCGUGAUAAAUCGACUGACCUGAAAAGACUCGCAAACGAGAUAUUUAAAUGCACAUUAGCUUUGAAUGCACUGCUGUUCGUUAUUUGAGCUGUAAAUAUUUGUAUAGUUAAAACUUUACAAGUGCAACGAAUGAAGAAAUGACAAAAUGCAUUUCUUUGUACAUGUACAUACUUUAAAUGCACUCAAAUCGUUAUAAUAUCUAUUCUAUAAUUAUUUUAUUAAUGGUGAUGUACAGAGUUUCAUGAUAAUCAUAUAUUUCUUACAUUGAUAAGAGUAAUUUAAGCUGUAUAAAAACUGUUGAGGGUGGAAAUACCAUUAUUGAUGUCUACCUCAUAAUUACCUAGGUUCUGAGUUCUGAGGUGCAUUCAACUGUGUUAAAUUCUUUUAAAAUGAUAUAUGAAAUUAUACAUUUAUAUAGGC